GUGGAGUUGUUGAAGCGCGCUAUAAAUCUGAGCGCCUCGCAGGACAGUCCUCCAGAUUAGCGGUUGACGCACAGGAUGGAUUUGGAGGAUUUGGAGAGGCAGAAGACAACUUUCCUUUAAAGUUUCACCCAACAAUGGACUACAAAAUUAUAUUAUAUUCUGGUCUGUUUUCGUAGAACACCGCAGUUCAAAAUGAACGUGUUCAAAAUGAGGAAAGCCGUUGUAAAAGAAGCGGUUAAACGUUUUCCAUGGCUAGCCAACGUUACUCUGUAUGGCUGCCUGUUUGCCGGCGGCGACUUCGUCCAUCAGAUGAUCGCACAGAGAGAAGAGAUGGACUGGAAACACACCAGAAAUGUUGCCAUAGUGGCCAUUAGCUUCCAUGGAAACUUUAAUUAUUUCUGGUUGCGGGCAUUGGAAAGCCGUUUCCCGGGAAAAUCUCCCGGAAUGCUCUUCCGCAAACUGCUCCUGGACCAAAGUUUUGCGUCGCCCUUGGCAACUAGUGUCUUCUACACAGGAGUGAGUUUCUUGGAGAAUAAAGAUGAUAUCUUCGAGGACUGGAGAGAAAAGUUCCUCAACACCUACAAGACUGGACUCAUGUACUGGCCUUUCAUGCAGUUCCUAAACUUCAUCCUGAUACCUCUAUACCUGAGGACAGCCUUCAUGGGCUGUUGUGCGUUCCUGUGGGCCACCUUCCUGUGUUUCUCCCGGCAGAGCGGGGACGGUACGGCCAGCGUGGCCCUAGCCUUCUUCCUGUAUCCCAAACAGAGGCUGCAGGCCGCCCGGGAGGCCCACCUCGCACGCAAGAAACAGAAAGAAGAGGAAGAACUGCAGCAGAGCACUGAGAACUAACUGAAUUGGUUCAGUGAGAUUCGAUUCAAUUCAAGAAACAGAAAACAGAGGAGGACCCGAGCACUGAGAACUGAACUGAUUAAAUUUCAUUCUAUUCAAUUCAAGAAACAGAAAAAUCAAGCACUGAGAACUGAACUGAUUUAAUUUCAUUCUAUUCAAUUCAAGAAACAGAAAAAUCAAGCACUGAGAACUGAACUGGUUUAAUGAGAUUCAAUUCAGAAAACAGAAGAAUCAAGCACUGAGAACUGAACUGGUUUAAUGAGAUUCAAUUCAGGAAACAGAAAACAGAAGAAUCAAGCACUGAGAACUGAACUGACUUAAUGAGAUUCAAUUCAAUUGAGGGAACAGGAAAACAGGAGGACCCGAGCACUGAGAACUGAACUGCUAAAAUGUUAUUUCAAUUCAGUUUCAACAAAACGUUGUUGUUAUCUCUACCUGUCUUCAAGAGCAUCAAGACAAGGCAUGAGGGCAUGGUUGGAGGGUGACAACACACUGUCAUCGUGUGAGGACAGGCCAGGCUCUCACACCUUAGAAUAAACUAAAAACAGAUAGUUUGAUUCAGUUUGAUUAAAUAUAACUUUAUUGAUAUCCUCAGGGGAAAGGAAGAGUGAAUAUAACUUUAUUGAUAUGCUCAGGGACAAGGAGGAGUGAAUAUAACUUUAUUGAAUAUAACUUUAUUGAUAUCCUCAGGGGCAAGGAGGAGUGAAUAUAACUUUAUUGAAUAUAACUUUAUUGAUAUCCUUAGGGGCAAGGCGGAGUGAAUAUAACUUUAUUGAUAUCCUCAGGGGCAGGGAGGAGGCAUCAUUGGAGCACAGUUACAUAAUUUAGGCCUACUGUACAUAUACAAAUACGUCCACCUAAUACUAUGCCAGCAACACAUACAGUGUUAAUUUCAACACAACUUUAUCAAUCCCGUCAAGGGCAACCCAGAAAGUAUAGUCGGACUCGGAGCACAUUACUUACAGACAUUCAGACUGUACAGGUGUAGAAGUGCAAUACAUUACGUGAAACAGAACAAGUUCCGUUUUUAUUUAACCUUUAUUUAUGUAGCUUUGUCUCAUUGAGAUCAACAUCUCUUUUGCAAGAGACCAGGGGCCGUAUGUAUCAAGCGCUUCAGAGAAGGAGUACUGAUCUAGGAUCAGUCCCCCCCCGUCCCCCCCGUCCA